AUGCAAGUGGAGUUUGAGUUCGCCUGUGCUGCGAUCAAGCAGCUGAAACGUCCUGUGAGCGAUCAGGAUAAACUGCUGAUAUACAGCUACUACAAACAGGCCACUCAGGGUGACUGCAACAUCGCUGCCCCUCCUGACUCAGAUGCAAAAGCUAAAGCAAAGUGGGAGGCAUGGAACGGGAACAAAGGGAUGUCCAAGAUGGAUGCCAUGAGGAUCUAUAUUGACAAAGUGGAAGAGCUGAAGAAAAAUGAGGCUGGUUAA